CGAUUUUCUUUUGACUGCUUCUGGACGGUGGCAAUUUGCAACACCGACGACUCGGUUGUGCACAGCAACAAAAAUAUCCCCUUGUUUUCAAAUUAUUGAGCAACCGAGAAGUUUUUCAAAAAGACGUGGUGCUGAUAUACCAAUGAGUUCUACGACGGAUGAGCCUUGGAAACAAUCAGAGUCCAAUACGUCUGCAUCGCAGUCAACUCCGUCAUUACCUCCACCGCCGAUUCCAUUCACAAACGAUGUCAAAUUCACUACUGUACCACCAACAUUGCCAACGCGAAUAGUCGACGAAUCAGAAGACGACCGAUUAACUCGUGCUGGACUGGCUCCUAAACCAAGAGUUAUUUUGCUCACUGCAGUUGGCUCAUUUUGGGGAUUCGGUAUUGGGUCAUUCUUGGGUGGUCGUCAAGCAGGUUUACAGUACUUGGCGGAAAACGCCCAUCGUUUACCGACGACUGUACAAGGGUGGUAUUUCUAUCAUAAAGCAAAGAACUACCGCAUGAUGCUCGGCGGUGUCAAGCGAGGUAUAAGAUUUGCUGGAAAGACGGGCGGUCUUUGUCUGUUAUAUGGUGCACUUGAAGCCAGCUUGGAUGAUCUUCGAGGAGAAGCCGACGUCGUCAACUCAGUCACUGCGGGUGUAUCGGCUGGUGCUCUAUUUUCCGCAUUAACUAAAUUAACAAGAGGCAGUUUCCGGUAUUCGAUUUUGUUUGGUGCCACAUUUGGUUUGGCUGCAGGAGGCCUUUCAGACAUCCAUCGUUAUGUAUCAGGGCAGCCGCCAUCGUACGUCCAAUGGCUUCGAUCCAAAUUCUAAACCACCCACUCUGUUUCACACAUUCACACCUGCGUUUCUAUGCCAUAAGUCUGUGCACUAUGGAAAGUUACAUACUGUCAUACCAUUUCCGUGCAUCAUCCCAAAAUAAAUGAAAUUCGAAGCCAUUGAAUUCAGCUAUUAUGCGGAUCUUCACGCAACGUUGCGUAAGAGAGGCGAGAAAAUGAAAAUGUAGGCGACUGAAUCCAGGCCGUUUUGGGUCUGUGGACAUCGACAGCAAUAAGCUCUAGGUUACUCAUACGCAGCAUGAGGAACAAGAAAUCCGAAAUUUUCGAUGUAGUGCUUACAGACGCCUGUCAUAGUUAUCGACAGGAUUAGAAAAUGGGUUCCGUCUCUUUUAGUCUCAAUAGAAAUGACACAUGAUUGCAAC